UUAAUAUACAUGAUGCACAUGAUGUAUUAGGUUUAAACCAAGAAUGAUGGAGAAUGGUGGGGGGAUGAAAGGAAGAGGCUAAUCAUCAUCAAUUGGCUCCAUUGGAUUGAAGCGAUAAGAGACGUUGCGUUGCGUUGCGUUGCGUUGCGUUGCGUGUGUGUCUCCCUCCGCCAAGGAGGAAAAGGCACAAAUAAGGCUUGAAGGGUCGGGCGUGCAGGAACAGGAGUGAGCUUGCAGCCGCAGCGUAUCGGGAGUCGCAAGCAUUGCCUUCAGGAGUCCACGUCACCCCCCCCCCAUGCGCUCGGACCGCUCCCGAUUCCCAACGCAGCAGUAACCAGCCAGCAGCUCCGCAUCCCAAGAUGGACGACGAGGGCAGUUACCGGGACAACCGCUCCGACUUCAUUCGCGGAGCCAAGGACAUUGCCAAGGUGGCUAAGAAGCAGGUGGGCAAGAAAAUGGGGCGCGGUGUGGACAAGAUGGCCGACGAGUACACCCGCCGCUCCUACAAGCGUUUCGAAGAGGAAGACGACGACGACUACGCCGGCGUGCCGGGCAGCGAAGACGGUGGCGGCGGAGGCUACUACCGCAACGACAGCCGUGCCAACGACGACGACGCCCACAGCGACUCCACCGAGGGCCACGACGAGGACGACGAAAUCUACGAGGGCGAGUACCAGGGCAUUCCGCGGGGAGACACGGGCAAGGCGGACGGCGCGGUGGCGCAGGCGCAGGCACAACACUUCCGGGACCUGUCGGCGUACGAAGGCGAGCGCAGGAAGGACCAGGAGGAGCUGGCGCAGCAGUACGAGAGCAUUCUGCAAGAGUGCGGUCACGGAAAGUUCCAGUGGACGCUCUACUUCGUGCUGGGUUUGGCGCUCAUGGCUGACGGCGUGGAAAUCUUCGUGGUGGGGUUCGUGCUGCCAUUUGCCGAGAAGGACAUGUGCCUGUCAGAGCCCAACAAGGGCAUGCUGGGCCUGAUCGUAUAUCUGGGGAUGAUGGUGGGUGCGUUCGUGUGGGGCGGCCUGGCCGACCGCAUCGGGCGGCGGCAGACGCUACUCAUCUCGCUGUCCAUCAACAGCGUAUUCGCCUUCUUCUCGUCCUUCGUGCAAGGCUACAGUUCUUUCCUCUUCUGCCGCCUGGCCUCCGGAGUCGGCAUCGGUGGCUCCAUCCCCAUCGUGUUUUCCUACUACUCUGAGUUCCUGGCACAGGAAAAGCGAGGGGAGCACCUCAGCUGGCUUUGCAUGUUCUGGAUGAUCGGUGGCAUCUACGCCUCGGCCAUGGCCUGGGCCAUCAUCCCGCACUAUGGCUGGAGCUUCCAGAUGGGCUCGGCUUACCAGUUCCACAGUUGGCGCGUCUUUGUGCUGGUGUGCGCCUUCCCCUCAGUGGCGGCCAUCUCGGCCCUCACCAUCAUGCCCGAGAGCCCGCGCUUCUACCUGGAGAACGGGAAACACGACGAGGCCUGGAUGAUUCUGAAGCAGGUGCACGACACCAACAUGAGGGCCAAAGGAUAUCCAGAGAGGGUUUUCUCUGUGACGACCAUCAAAACGGUGAAGCAGAUGGACGAGUUGGUGAACUUGGGAGACGGCGCCGCCUGGCACCAGAAAUGGAGGAUCAAGCUCACCUCGCUUUUCCAUCAGGUGUGGAGUAAUUUCCUGACGGUAUUCUCCCCCGAGUACCGCCGCACCACGUACAUGAUGAUGGCUGUCUGGUUCUCCAUGUCCUUUAGCUACUACGGGCUGACCGUGUGGUUCCCCGACAUGAUCAAGUACCUUCAGAAGCAAGAGUACGCCUCACGCACAAAAGUCUUUGUCAAGGAGAAGGUUGAGCACGUUACCUUCAACUUCACCCUGGAGAACCAGGUGCAUCGCCAGGGGCAGUACUUCAAUGACAAGUUCAUGAACCUGAAAAUGAGGUCCAUGGUGUUUGAGGACUCGUUGUUUGAGGAGUGCUACUUUGAGGACAUCACCUCCAGUAACACCUUCUUCAAGAACUGCACUUUUAUUGCCACACUCUUCUACAACACAGACCUGUUCAAGUAUAGGUUGGUCAACAGUCGGCUGAUCAACAGCACCUUCCUGCACAACAAGGAGGGUUGCCUACUGAGCGACGUGAGCGACGAGAACAACGCCUACAUGGUCUACUUUGUCAGCUUCCUGGGUACCUUGGCCGUGUUGCCGGGCAACAUCGUGUCGGCUCUGCUGAUGGACAAGAUCGGCCGGCUCAGGAUGCUCGCGGGCUCCAGCGUGAUUUCCUGCAUCAGCUGCUUCUUCCUGUCAUUUGGCAACAGCGAGUCGGCCAUGAUCGCGCUGCUCUGCCUGUUUGGCGGCAUCAGCAUCGCCUCCUGGAACGCCCUGGAUGUGCUGACCGUCGAGCUCUAUCCAUCCGACAAGAGGACCACGGCGUUCGGCUUCCUCAACGCGCUGUGCAAGCUGGCGGCCGUGCUGGGCAUCAGCAUCUUCACGUCCUUCGUGGGCAUCACCAAGGCCGUGCCCAUCCUCUUCGCCUCGGGGGCGCUGGCGGCCGGCAGCUUCGUGGCCCUCAAACUACCCGAGACCAGGGGUCAGGUGCUGCAAUAAUAAAAGGCCGCAGGCGAGCAUACGCAGGUGAGAUCGGAGCUUUGCUUUGAAUGGAAUCAUGACGCAAUUCGGAGAGCCCCCAAAACGUGGCAGAAGUCGGGGGUCGAGCAACUAGAUGGCAAGCCACAAAUAAAUCUAAUAGGCCAUCCACUCAAACACAAAUCUUUGCAUUUGAGGCGUUCAUUUUGUUGACUGUGAAGCAUUCCGGGUUUGUUUUGUUGUGGUGGGCACAAACGAAGAGCCCCCCCCCCCCACCCCCCCCCUUUGCCCUUUAAAACAUGAAUUACACUCCAUAACGUCACUCGGCGAAAGUCAUCAAGUGUUCAUUUGAAGCACAAGCGUAGCGUGAGUGUGUACGUGUUCUCGUAUUGUAAAUGCCCUUGUAAAGAAAUGCCUUUUUAGUCGCUCUCCUGGCCCCGCCCACCGCCACCUUGUGUAAUGCAUGUUCAAGUGUACGUAGGCACAUGUAUGUAAAUAUGCGUAUGUACACGUAUGAUGACUGGGAACUCCAAAAGCAUGCACAGUAGAGAUGUGAGGCCAGGCCCUUUUCAUAAUGCCGCUUUUCCACUGUCAGGUACCCACUCGCUUUGCCCAUCUUACGUCAUUCUGCGAAAAGAAUGCGACACUGAACGUGUUGUCAUCCAAGAGGGGACUGAGGGCGGAGAAUGUGGAGAAUGUGCACUGCUAAAACUAUGCUAACAUUAGCAUCUGUUUAUUCUUCUCCUCAGCCCAAGAAAUAGUCCUUGAUACGUCGACGGUGUGGUGCUCCAGUGGAAAAGCGGCAUUAUCAUUGGUGUCUGAAUGGUUGUAACACAAGCUACAGAGACGCCUAAUAUAGGAAAUUAUAUUCAUAACAACUAUAAUGGUAACCACCUGUGUGAGGUGAAUGUUAGCGUGAUUGUCGUGCAAUAUGGAAUCCUUCAGUGCAAUAUCCCCCAUCACAAUUUUAAUUCCUGAUUAUUAUUUUUUUACCCCUUGGCAAAAUGAUUGCCCUGAACCCAUGAUUGCCCAUGGGCUUGACAAAUAGGUGGCACUAAUCAUGAGUAUAAAUGAGAUUCACUGCCAAGGGCUGAGAGUGUAACAGCACAGGGUCGAUUCAACAACAACACAGCAACCGUAGUUCACAUUGUUUCUGUCCAAACUGCCAUUUUAUAGGAUAGCAGCCAUAUAGAUACAACUUUAUGUACGGGGCAGCCGCAAUUCUAUUUUGAAAACAUUAUGCCCUAUCUCAAAAUGGAUUCAAUUAAUUUACUUCCAAAUUCUGCACACAGAAAGACAUUAUGGCUACAAAGUCUUGCUUAUUCAAAAGUUUUUUUGUCAUCAACAUAGCUUUUCAGUUCCUGGAACAUCAGGUGCGAAGUACUCAAAGGUUCCUGGAACUUCAGCUUCAGAUUGCUUGUUGUUUUUUUAUUUAGUUUUGCGGCAAAAAAUAAACACCCUGUAAUUGAGUAGAGUUUCUGUAAAUGUAUUAAACACUAUAAAAUCACUUUUGUCAAAAUUGGAACUGUGACAAAAAUAUUUUCCAUUUUUCUAGAGCAAUAUAUUUUGAUAUUUAUUUAUGUAUUUUUUUGUGUGUAAAUAUUUCCCAAAUGUGCAUUUUUUGCAAAUAUUUCCCAAACCUGCAUGAUGUCAUAAUGGAAUGUUGGGUGCAGAAUUCUGGAAAGAGAAAAAUAGAUUGAGUCCAUUUUGGAAUAAGGUGCGAACACAUGGCGGCUGCUUUUUAAAUAAAGUUUGAAUUGAGCCAGAAAGACAGUUCGUUGCACUAAACGCACGCGCGCACACGUCGUACACGCACAUGCUGGGGAAGCCGCCCAAAUAAGAGCACAAAUUCUACCCAACCAGACAAUUGAACAAAGUUAUAAAGCAGCUCUUGACUCGCUCAUUAUUAAUUUAAAAAAAAUAUUGAUUUCAGUGUGCCAUUUGUCAUGUUAAUUAUUGCCAAAUGUUUUUUACCGCUUGAGUUUUACACAUCACACGUGCGCCAUCUGUGCUCUAGACAUAUGAACAUAUGUACAUACAAAUGAGGAUCAUAAUGAAGUGAACUAUAGUAUUCAGACCUGACUGUUUUGUCCAUUUUAGGGUGUAUUCAGACCUGACUGUUUGGUCCACUUUAAAAGGACCAGGGUUCGAUUCUCAUGCUGGUCCGGACCUUUUAUGCAGGUGUGAAUACACGCUCAGUCUGCACUUGCCGGUCAUGUGACCUCUACAAACAGGAAUACUUCCAGCCCGUCUGUUUUCACAGAUUUGAAAUAAAAAUAAAACACACAUGAAACCAGGAUUUCAAGGUUGUUCAACAAUAAAAAUGUUGCAA